CUUGUUUUGAUUUUGUUGUUACAUCGCCCGCACAUUUAUUUGUUCGCAGAAUGCUGAGAAAACUAUUAUUAAACACGCAAAUUGCAUUAAGGCAACAGCAAAAGUUACAAUGCACGCGCUACCUGGCCAUGAAAGCCGCUGCCCCAAAAAUAUUGGAACUGCAGCCGGUGCACAUCGAGGAGGCCAUUAAAUUGGAGCCCACACUAUCCAUCUACACGCCCGAGGUGUGGCGGCGAGCCCAUGAAACAUUCGUAAAUCAUGGCCUGGAAACUGUGAACUUUCUGCGCAUUGUUACCGCCAAUCCGGCUGUGCUGAGACGCACGCCAGAGCGCAUCAUCGGCAGUCUGGAGAUCUGGCGCGCCUGCCAGUUUGGGGAGACUCUGCUGCACCUACUACUGACCAAAUAUCCAGAGCUGUUGGAUGUCAGCGAUUCCCAUCAGUUGCUCUCGCACGUGGGCUUCCUGAAGAGUCGCGUCUCGACCAACAAAAAUGUGUGGAAACUGCUGAUGAACAGCCCCGACUUGCUGGCACAACCAGAGAAAACUAUAGCGGAGAAACUAGACUACAUCAUGGAUGUAAUGCGCAUAGAAGUGCCAGAAUUGGUCAAGUCCGCCGGGCUGUCGAUGGCCUUUGAGGAGCUGCGCUGCCGGCACGAGUUCCUCGUGCGCUUGGGCUUGUUUAAGCCGCGUGCUCCGAAAGCAGAUCCCGAUGAGCCCACCACCAACCACAGAUUGUACCAGAUUACGGACACAUCCGAGAAGACGUUCGCCACAAAGAUCUGCCAUGUCACACUGCCCGAAUACGAGGCCUUCAAGGACCUGCAUGCCCGCGAAAUCGAACGGAAGACAAGGAAACGCAGGGAAGAAGAGGAUUUCAGUGAUGAGGAGGAAUAGGCUAUAAGAAAUAACCCCCCUUUGGGUAUUCGCAAUAUUAAAGAUUUUCAAAGUCAAUCCGCCAAAUUCGUCUGGCUUCUUGAUAUGUAGCAAAUGUGUAGUUACCGUGUUGUAAUUAGCAUGUAAAAUAAGGAACAUUUUUGUUGACCUUCAAUGUUUCAAACUUAUUUUAUAAACAAUCCAAUAAAGU